UCCCCUUUUCUCUCUCUGUUCUCUCUUCUCUCCCUUCCGGCCCCUGCGGCUCCCCCUCUCCCCUCACGGCUCCGCCAUGCCCGGGCCCCUCUCCGCCGCCUCCGCCCGCGGCCGCCGCGGCUUCGCCGCCAUCUUGGGGUCACAUGACGGCGCGGCCUCUCACCCCGCGCGCGGAGGCGGAACCGCCGCCUCCCCCUUCCCCUUCGCCGCGGUUUCUUUUUCACCGUCGCCCCCUACGCGCGCGUUACCGAUCCCGAGGGGAACCCGGCGGCGGGAGAAAACGGCAAAGCGAGGCGGGAGAGCGGGGGAAAACAAGCGGAGCUGCACCGCGAAGCAUCGUGGGAGUUGUAGUUCUCCGCCCGCCGCGGCGGCGCUUUACGGCAGGGCGUAACGGGGGGAUGGGCGAGGAGCUUUGCGACAGAACGAGCGCGGGAGAGAGGGCGGCGCAGGAUCUGGCCACCAGACAAGGAACCAGCAGCAUGCCCUGGCCCCGUGGGAGCUGUCACCAUUCCCCGUGAUGAACUUUCAGGCAAAGCUGUUUGCUACCUGCAGGGUGAGGGUGCUGCUGCAGCCCUGGCGUCUCUUCUCCCGGGCUGCGGAGGAUAUGGCAUUGCAGAGGAUCCGGAAGGUCCUAUGUGUGGCAGAGAAAAACGAUGCUGCCCGUGGGAUUGCAGAUCUGCUCUCCAACAGCAGAAUGCGACGGCGAGAAGGGUUUUCCAAGUUCAACAAGAUCUACGAAUACGACUACCAGAUGUUUGGUCAGAACGUUACGAUGGUGAUGACAUCUGUGUCGGGACACUUACUGGCUCAUGAUUUUAAGCUGCCGUUUCGCAAAUGGCACAGCUGCAACCCUCUGGCUCUUUUUGAUGCUGAAAUAGAGAAAUAUUGCCCUGAAAACUACCUGGAUAUCAAGAGAACCCUUGAGCGAGAAGUCCAGCAGUGCCAGGCUCUGGUGAUCUGGACUGACUGCGAUCGAGAAGGAGAGAACAUUGGCUUUGAGAUCAUUCACGUCUGCAAAGCUGUAAAGCCAAACCUCCGAGUUUUCCGAGCCCGUUUUUCAGAGAUAACACUUCAUGCUGUCAGAACAGCCUGCGAGAACCUCACCCAACCAGAUCAAAAAACGAGUGAUGCCGUUGACGUUAGGCAGGAGCUGGACCUGAGGAUAGGUGCUGCCUUCACUAGAUUCCAGACAUUGAGGCUCCGGAGGAUCUUCCCUGAUAUUUUAGCAGAUCAGCUGAUCAGCUACGGUAGCUGCCAGUUCCCAACGCUGGGCUUUGUGGUUGAACGCUUUAAAGCCAUCCAGGCCUUUGUUCCCGAAGCCUUCUAUAAAAUAAAAGUGACACAUGAUCAUGAGGAUGGCAGCGUUGUCUUCAACUGGAAGAGGAACCGGCUCUUUAACCACAUUGCGUGCCUGGUCCUGUACCAGAUGUGUAUGGAGGAUCCAGUGGCGACUGUUGUUGAGGUUGGGAGCAAGCCAAAAAGCAAAUGGAGGCCCCUGCCUUUGGACACUGUGGAACUUGAGAAGUUGGCUUCCCGCAAACUGAAAAUAAAUGCAAAGGAAACCAUGAGAAUAGCAGAAAAAUUGUAUACUCAAGGGUUCAUUAGCUACCCCCGAACUGAGACCAACAUUUUCCCCAAGGAGCUGAACCUCUCUGCCUUAGUCCAACAGCAAACACAGGACCCAAACUGGGGAGCAUUUGCACAGAGGAUUUUGGAUCAGGGUGGGCCAACCCCUCGGAACGGAAACAAAUCAGAUCAGGCUCACCCUCCCAUUCACCCCACCAAAUACGCUGCUAACCUGCAGGGCAAUGAGCAGAGACUCUAUGAAUUCAUCGUGCGCCAUUUUUUGGCUUGCUGCUCUCAAGAUGCCAAGGGACAGGAAACAACUGUGGAGAUAGACAUUGCUAAUGAGCGAUUCAUUGCUCAAGGACUAAUGAUCCUGGCCCGAAAUUAUCUUGAAGUCUAUCCUUAUGACCAGUGGAGUGAUAAGGUUAUCCCUCUGUAUCAGAAAGGGUCCCGCUUUCAGCCCACUACAGUGGAGAUGGUGGAUGGGGAAACCAGCCCUCCAUUGCUCCUCACAGAAGCGGAUCUCAUUGCUCUCAUGGAGAAACAUGGCAUUGGGACUGAUGCCACUCACGCCGAGCACAUUGAGACCAUUAAGUCGCGGAUGUACGUGGGCCUUACAGCGGAUCAGCGGUUCCUCCCUGGCCACCUGGGCAUGGGGCUGGUGGAAGGCUAUGAUUCCAUGGGCUACGAGAUGUCCAAGCCUGACCUUCGCGCUGAGCUGGAGGCUGAUCUGAAACUGAUCUGUGAGGGGAAGAAAGACAAAUCUGCCGUGUUGCAGCAGCAGGUGCAAAAGUACAAGCAAGUCUUCAUCGAAGCUGUGGCCAGAGCCAACAAGUUGGACCAGGCACUAGCUCAGUAUUUUGGAGAAGCCUCAGAAAUCACAGAGCAAGAGGAGGUCUACCCAGCAACACCUGUUUCUGUUCGGAAGUGUCCACAGUGCAACAGCGACAUGGUCCUGAAGACUAGGAAGAGUGGCGGGUUCUACCUCAGCUGCACAGGCUAUCCAGCUUGUAAAGCUGCCGUCUGGUUUCCUGAUUUUGUGCUGGAUGUGGCCAGGGACGAGAGUGUCUGUGCUGUCUGUAAACCUCAUCCAGUUCACAGACUGAAGUUUAAAUUCAAGAGAGGCAGUGUUCCACCUGUGAUGCCCCUGGAGUUUGUUGGUUGCAUUGGAGGCUGUGAUGAGAUGCUAAAAGAACUCUUGGAUUUGAAGUAUUUACACCGUCCCUCCCAGCCGGCACUGUCAGGCAGCCAGCAAACCAGUCACUUGCAGGUCAACAACUCCUUUAACAGAGCUAGCGGUGAAAACAGGCACGCAAGGGGGCCCACAAACGCUGCACCAGGACGUUUGCUCUCCUUGAGCUCAACGAGAACACCCAGGCCCGCUCCGUCAGCUGCUCCAGAUGAUGGGAACAACAUGGUGGUGUGCAACUGCGGGAACGAAGCCCAGCUGUUAACAGUGCGCAAGGAAGGGCCCAAUCAGGGCAGACAGUUCUACAAAUGCAGCGCCAGCACCUGCAACUUUUUUCUCUGGGCUGAUCAGCAAUCAGAGGACAGAAGCAGCGUGGCUCAGCCGGGCUCUGUGCUGCCUCAGCCCUUUGCAGGAAGAGGCCCAGCAGGAUUUCAGCGCCCAGCAGGAGGAGGGAGAGGCCCAGACCUCUUUGGAAACAACAGCUCGGAUUCAGGAGGCGGCACAGUCUGCAUGUGCAACCAGCCAGCCGUCACGCGCACUGUCCAAAAGGAUGGGCCCAACAAAGGACGGCAGUUCCACACCUGCUCCAAACCCCGGGAGCAGCAGUGCGGCUUCUUCCAGUGGGCAGAUGAAAACACAGCACCAGGGCCUUCGGGAGAUGUCUCUUCGAACUAUUUUGGCAGCAGUGGAUACUCAAGAGGGUUGGGAAGUAAAGCCAAGAGACCAAGCACUCUUUCCUCAGGAGCCACUGCCAAGAAACCACGGACUUGUAGCAUCUGCCACCAGCCGGGUCACACGAGGAAAACCUGCCCUCAAAACCACUGAGCCUGGACAGACAUCUCUGGAGAGCCUGGAAGGGCCAGCGGUGCAAACUGCUACAGGACCAACUACUGCGGAAAGGAACUGGAGUCACGAAACCAGUCUGGAUGCUCUCUGGAAGGGCUGGUUGCGGGCUGCUCCAGCCAAAGGAUGCCAUCCUCUUACAUGGGGAGGACAUGCUGGGGCAGCAGUGGUUUGACCAGCUUGGAAUGGCGGCUCCACUCCUGGUGUCACAGCCUUUGUUUUCAGCUGUUCUGCUGAGCAGAUGGGGAUAGUCUAAACAUUUCAAGGAAGCAUUUGGAAGCUGAAAGAGAAAACAGCACUGGAUCGAGUCCACCUGCGGCUCCCAGUGUGGCAGUAGGUGUUUACAGCCUUUCUACGCAAGGAAGAGCACCAGGACGGAGCCCUGGGCUGAUAAGCACUUCUCAGUCUCGGCUUUCCACAGUGUGGAAUGUUAUUUUAAGUUCCUGUCUAAGUUGAUAUUACCUGAGCAAUGUUCCCGGUUCUUCUGUGUCACAGCACCGUGUCCCUUGCCGAGGUUGUCCCUGCCAGGGAAGGAGGGCCGAGUGCAGAGAAGGAGAAUCCAGUGCUUGCCCUGAAAGUGAAGCUGAGCUGCAGGGCUUGGGCAAAGCCUUUGUUUUAGACAGCUCCUGAAUCCAAAACAGUUCUUCCUCAAACCUUUUGCAACACCUCUUUGAUGCUGCUACCUAUUGGAAGGUAUUUUUGUCAAGCUAAUAACUUUCUUAUUAAAGCAGUAUUUAAUUUUUAAAUUCAACAGUGACAUCUUGGCUUGUAUCAGAAACAGUGUGACCAGCAGGUCCAGGGAGGUUAUUCUCCCUCUGUACUCUGCACUGGUGAGACUGCACCUCGAAUCCUGUGUUCAGUUCUGGGCCCCUCAACACAAGAAGGAUGUUGAGGCUCUGGAGCGUGUCCAGAGAAGAGCAAUGAAGCUGGAGAACAAGUCUUAUGAGGAACAUAAGAGAGCUGAGGUU